AUGUACCUGGCGCAGGUUACCCGAACGGAUAUUCUCUACGCCGUGAAUCAACUCAGCCGUUAUAACUCAAAUCCUGGUCAACAACAUUGGAGUGCGGUAAAGCAUCUUUUCCACUACCUGCGUGGAACUUCGAAACUGAAACUGGUUUACAAGAAGAAUGCGAACGAGGAGGUUAUUGGUUGCAGCGAUGCUGACUGGGCAGCUGAUCUGGACGACCGGAAGUCAACGAGCGGCUACAUAUUUCAACUGCAAGGGGCCGCGAUUUCUUGGUGCUGUAAGCGCCAGCCAACAAUAGCAUUAUCCACUUGUGAAGCAGAGUAUAUUGCACUUUCGGCAGCAGUCCAAGAAGCUUCGUGGUGGAAGGGCCUGAUGUCGCAGUUCCAGAAGAUCGGACCAAUUUUUAUUCUCUGCGAUACCCAAAGUACAAUCGCGGUGGCUAAGAAUGGUGGUUACAAUGCAAGAACAAAGCACAUCGACAUACUACAUAACAAUAUUCGAAAUGUACUGGAGAGAGGAGUGGUCAACAUCAACUACGUUACAUCUGAGGAGCAACUUGCUGAUGGAUUAACGAAGCCUUUGGCCGCUGUGAAGCUGAUCAAGAAUCGUGAAGCAAUAGAAAUUAUAGCUUAA